GGAGAACCAGGCCGGUCUCACUGCGGAGAUUCAGCCGCCCGUCCCGAAUGUGUUUCUUGAACUCUGUCAGCGGAAACCGAUGCGUCUUCAAGUUUCGAGUCUUCGAGAUCACGAUAAGGGCUCACCAAUCCCAAGUCGACUCACUAGCACACAAGCCGUCAAAAGAACACAGUGCAAGUUUGAUCCCUUGAUCCGUUGAUCCCGAUCGAUCAGUAUCGAACUCAAACGACCGACCGACCCGCGAGCAUUGGAAAAACUGCUGUUGAUAACAGUACCUGACUCGAUAUUGCAGGCAAGCAGGCAACUGGAAUCGUGUGCAGGAAGCGAAGUCACACAGUAGAAACCCCCAUGGGGGAUUGUAGCCACCUCUGACUGGAUCCUCCGGUAGGCCGUGCCUGUUGGGCUUGGACCCUGAGCCCAGGCACUAAUCAUGUCUCUUUCGAUGGACUGACUGAUUUGUUAAGCCCUCUGGUCACGAACCAAGUGUAAGUUCCACUCGUGGGACCCGAAUCACUGAAGUGAUGAAGGAAUACCGAGAGGGACUCGGGAGAAAACUGUAUCAGCUCACUCAGUUGACCGGCUUCGGGACUUUCAGCUGGGCUCUCCUCUUCGUGACGACGUCACGAGGACAUAAAGGCAAAGUUCCCAGAGUUGGUGUCGUUUCUGGCACAAGUCAUGCACCGAGGAUGUUGUUCCAGUGAUGGUCCAAUCCGAUUGAUUUCCCGGUCCUUUCAAGGGAAAUGCUUUCCACAAUGUGUGCAUGCGUGUGUAUAUCUUACAGAAGGGAAGAUUUUUAGCGCAGCCUGAGGUGAGCAAGAAAGAAAUGCAAUGCACUGCUCUGCACUGCUGGGUGGACCCCGGGACCGUGGCAGAAGCACAUACUCAGAUCAGUAGUACAAAGGACUCGCUGUAGCGGACCCUUGUCUCUUUGUGGUUCUCUCCCAGUUCGAGCUUUUAUUCCUUUGAUGGUUUGGCUUCUUCGCGGUGAUCUCAGCAUUGUGAUCCAAAUCUCCUGUUUUUUCUCGACAUGUUUCCUCGAAAGCGCCCGGCAUGACUCACUGUGCGUUUCUGCAGUCUCCAUGGAAGCUGGCUGGAAAGGCGGCCAGAGGGCCACCACAUCUAACAUUGAUUCUGCUGACAUCGUAGCUGUGGCGAGUGACCGUUCCAAAGCAUGCGCUGUCUUGCGGAUAUGAACCCAUUCGAGUUACUGUGACCAGGAUCCCGUCAUUUCCUCUCGAAUUCCUUGCGAGAUUUGUGUGACCCUUCUCGGAGAAGUUUCCAACCCAUGGAGGUGUUCGCCUCUGACCUUCCACUGUGACUGCACUUGGUCUUAGAAGCUGCCUACCUCGAGGCUCUAGCUCGCACUGUGACGUGGGCCAGAAGUGGGGGAGGUCGCAUCUGUCAAUCCUUAGACCUCGAGAUUAAUUCGGAGUGAAGAUGUUUAGGCAUUGGGAUUUGACACUCGAGGGAAGAAAUUUGAUCCUGUCAACGUUCUCAGCGAAGCAUUUGUUGGUUGCACUCUAAAAGGACUCUGGGCGAUCGAGAUGGUGGAUUUGGCGUCCUUGAUAAUUGCUGUGAUUCUGUUUAUCGUUCUCUCCCCUGGUUUGCUAUUUCAGAUUCCUGGCGAGGACAGACCUCUCGAGUUUGGCACUCACAACACGAGCUUGCCUUCUGUUCUCGUGCACGCCGCGUUGUUUCUCGUAUUCUUCUACCUGCUGCAGUUGGGCUUCGGCGUCCAUGGCGGGACAAAAUCGGAAUUCAUCUAAUCGAAUGCCCUCAGCUUUCGAUGGGGUGGAACAACGUGAACAAGGAUGAUGAAGAUGAACGUGCAAUUCAGGAUCUGGAAUGGUAUCCAAACCAGAAAAAAAGUUCGAGAUUUUAGACCGGGAAACCUAUGAGUGGUUGAGUGUUCAUUUCUGUACAGACCUGCAAUUUCUGUAUGAUUAGACGGUUAGCUGUGAGGCGAGAUAUGGUGGACAGUCUUGGACUAGCAAGACGCUGCAAAGGAUGAUCUUCAUCCUUCGCAGUUUACUUGAUGAAGAUCAGUGAACGAUGGUUGAAAUCCAGAACUACUGACCGAAAGAAAACAGAAAGAAUUUCUCGUGCACAGUUAAGUUGAAGAAAAUUGUUUCCAGAGCUGUAAUUAGUGUACAGGUUUGCUUGUACUACUCUGAUUUCUGUGCGUGCUCUCAGGGUGAGUAAUCUGUCCUCGUUUGCGAUUGUUCAAGUGUACUUUGCACAGGCUGCUGCCUCGUUACAGAAAAUGAAAAGUCACUCUGCUACC